GGCUUUUUAUGUUAGUUAAAGCACUUAGCCAAUUAGCCAAUUAGCCAAUUUGGUGAUCUAAAUAAGUCUCAUCAUCUUCAUGAGACAAAGAGGAUAGGUCCCCCUCCUCUGUCUGAUCCAACAACCCAAACUCCAAAUUCUACUCUCUCUCUUCUCUCUCUUUAGAAUUAGUGAGAGAAAUUAGAUGAAAGUAAAUUGCUUUUGGUGCCCAACAAACUCCAUUUACCUUCAGCUUCAAGGCUCAUCAUCAUUAUACCACUUUCCAGUUCAGCUAAUUUUACCAGUAGGACAGUGACAUAAAGACAGAGUCACAGAGAAUGGACCCAAGUUUCAGCAGCAGCAGAAGAAGAAGAAUUGGAGGAACCGUUGUUGCUGCAGGCUCUGUUUGGGAAACGAGAAUGCAGAGCGACGAUGAAGUUAGUAAUACUAAUACCGCCAUUGUCCUUCAUCAUGCCUCAACCGAAGACAAGAAAAUGAGCUUAAAGGAGGAAGCUUUAGGGGUUAAUAACGGAAAGAGACGACCUUUGAAGUCUAGAGCUUCGGAUACGAAGAACCCAUCAUCCGUGGAGAUUGUUCGAGCCAGUUCAAUGAAACUCACGAGGCCGAGAUCAAUUGGUACGCCUCCGAUGACGCCGAGGAGAUCGGUUUCUAGUGAUGAUAAGAGUCCUAAUAUGUCGGUGGUGAAGAAGACGAGAUCUGAAUCUGUGGAAGGGGUUGAGAAGACUACUCCGGGUCGGGUUAAGAAGAUCCGAUCAGAGCUCUGCACGGCGAUCGUUAAAGCCGGUGAGUUUGAUUCAGUUGCGUUGAGGAAAGUGAACUCAUUGCCACCUCCAAACUCGGAGAAACCUGAUAAGAAAACAGAGCAUUUACCAAAAGAGGAAACCGUUGUUAGCGAGAAUUCGAAGAUCCCAGAUGAAGUUAAAGAGUUCGGUGUUUGUCAGGAGAUAAUCGUAUCUGCUAAAUCGAACGUUGACGAGCAGAUCGAUAAUGAUGAUCACGAGGAGGAAGAGGAUGAAGAAGAAGAGGAGGAGGAGAGAGAAGUGGAGAAGAAGAGUGUUGAUGUGAAAGAGAUGAAUGUAGCGAAGGAGAACAGAGUGGUUGGUGGUGUCGAGACUACCAAGUUCAGUCAAUUUCAUAACAGAGCAACUCCAUCUCCGUCCUCUGUUCGUAAAAUUUCGCCUCCGGUGAUCAAAAAGGCAACUUCCGUUUACUCUGUCCCACUGAAUUCUACUCCAAGCACAGAUAGAUAUGCAGAAGGAGAAGAAGAAGACUUUACUCAGUCACAAAGCAAAUUGCAGAGUCUAGUGGAUCUGGUGAUGUGGAGAGAUGCAUCAAGGUCGACGUUAGUGUUCGGCUUCGGAACUUUUCUCAUCAUAUCUUCAUCAUACGCCAAUGAUCUCAAUUUCAGCUUCAUAUCGGUGGUAGCGUACAUGGGACUCAUUUAUCUGGGAGUCAUGUUCGUAUUGAAAUCACUAAUCUACAGAGGAGUGGUUGAGGAGAGGCAAAAAAUAGUUGGAGUGAGAGAGGAAGAUGUGAAGAGGAUGCUCAGACUUAUAAUGCCUUACCUCAACGAGUCUAUAUUUCAACUCAGAGCACUUUUCUCUGGCGAUCCUUCCACUACCCUCAAAAUGGGAGUAGUGCUAUUCGUCUUGGCCAGGUGUGGCUCUUCCAUCACUCUUUGGAACCUAGCCAAAUUUGGUUUCUUGGGAGCAUUCACAAUGCCUAAAAUAUUCAUCUCUUACUCAACCCACUUCUCAGCUUACGGAAACUUCUGGAUAAGGAGAUUUAGGGACGCAUGGGAAUCAUGCAAUCACAAAAAGGCAGUGGCUUUGGCACUCUUCACCCUAGUCUGGAACCUUUCAUCCGUCACUGCUCGUGUUUGGGCAGCAUUCAUGUUAUUCGUUGCUUUAAGAUAUUAUCAGCAGAAUAUGAUUUGGUCUACUAAUCAAAAUGAUGACGAUGAUGAUGAUGAAAAUAUAGCAGACGAAGAAGACGAAGAAGAAGAAUUAGAAGAAGUACAACAAGUCCCUAAAUUCAAAAAAGCUCCUCCUCAUAUGAUGAUGAUGCCUAAUAAACUCAAGAAAAUUUCUUAAAAUUUCCUUUCCACAUAUAUAUAUAUAUAUAAACAACAUAAAUGUAAUCUCUUUAGUUUGUUUUAGUUAGGGUUCCUCUGUUACUUCUCUAUACACAGCUUCUAUACAGUUAAUAAUGUGAAUCUGAUCUUCUUCUAA